AUGUACGCUGAAAAUGUCCUGAGAUAUUAUAAUAACUUGACUUGCAGACAGUUUAACAUGUUGGGAGACUAUAUCCGAUGCUACGAAAAAAUUAACUUGAAUUAUUUACUAAAUGAUAAAUCCACGGUUGAAGAUGAUAAUAAACAAGAAAUACCAGAUGAAUCAGCUCAUUCCGAAACUGAGAGUACGAAUCCCUUGUUAAAAGAGUGUUUGGAGAAGAGGAUGGUGAAUUAUUAUGAUAAUGUUGUUUUAUCUUCCAAGCUCAAACUUGCCGAGGAAAAGAUUGAAAAACUCAAGGAAGAAGCCAGAAAGGCCUCAGAGGAUUUUUAUUCUAUGGAACAGAUCAUGAAACAAAUUUAUUAUAACGAUCUUAAACUGUCACAGAGUGAGAAUGAGAAGAAGAUGGAAUAUAUAAUGAAAAAGAGUAAGGAGAAUGAAGAGUUGUGGGAGGAGAGGAAGAGACUAGUGAAUCAAAUCCUGAACGACUACACAUCAAAUGUUAACGAAUGCCUUAAAAUUAAAGAUUUUUACCACUUAUUUCAAGAAAAUUCCUCAAACACAUUAACGUAACUUUUAAAGCUGAUUUUUAAUAUUUUAUUAUAAAUC